UUAUAAACAUGGGAAAAGAGGAGGCUUCUGUAGAGGAUGUGAUGGCUUACCUUGACCAUAUAUACUGCGGGCAUAUUUCCAUAGAAACAAGCCAGCUUCCAACUUUGGAGGAGAGAGAAUGGUUUGCUAAAAGGUUUGAAGAGCUAAAGCAAGAAGCAUUUACACCUGAAGAGAAAAAGCACUUGUGCAAACUGAUGCUGGAGUCCCAGGAGUUUGAUCACUUCUUGGCCACCAAGUUUGCCACGGUGAAGCGAUACGGUGGCGAAGGAGCAGAGAGCAUGAUGGGUUUCUUCCACGAGCUGUUCAAGAUGUGCGCGUACAGCGGGGUCACGGAUAUCAUCAUUGGAAUGCCUCACCGGGGGAGGCUGAACCUGCUCGCAGGCUUACUUCAGCUUCCUCCUGAGCUCCAUGGGGGACAUGGCUCCCCCCGCGCUGGGCCGGCGGCCCCCAGGGCAGGAGCCGGGAAAGCGAGAAGGAAGCGAACGCAGCGCGCCCGGGAGGCGGACCAGGUGUGCUGGGAAGUCCCCGCGGAGGAGGAGGCGGGGACGGCGGGGGAGGGCGGGCAGUCCGUCCGUCAGCUGAGCGGGGCCGCUGCCGCCAUGGGCGCGCCGUGA